CUCGAACUACACCUGUGCGUCCAUGUUUAUAUUCCGUGUAGCAACGCGCUAAAGUUGGUCACGUCUCUGGUGAGCAAUUUCACGACCUAGUUGAAUGAAUGUGCCCCGUUUCAUUUCCUUGGCAGUAAGUGACGCUUAAAUGGACGGUCAACAUAGAGGCAGGGGAAAAAGAGGAAGAGGAGGUCGAGGAAACCGAGGCGAGAGCAGAGAUGUGCGCCUGUCAAAGUCACUGUCUUAUGCUCUGAGACAUGGCGCCUCUAAAAUGGGGCUUCACAUGAGUUCAGAUGGCUUUAUAUUUGUGGAUGAACUUCUCGCUCAUCAGCAGUUCAGCUCGUUUUCACUGGAGGAUUUAGAGAGAGUGGUGGCCACGAAUGACAAGCAGCGCUUCAAACUGCAGAACCACCCAGAGAACGGACGCCUGCAGAUCCGGGCCAAUCAGGGACAUUCUGUACAGGUUGAAGAUCUGGAGUUGAGAGCAGUAGAGCUGGAAGCUUCAGACUGUCCUCAGGAGGCAGUUCAUGGCUCCUACAUGAGGCACUGGGCCUCUAUACGCAACAAGGGUCUGAGCAGAAUGAACAGAACACACAUACACUUGGCACCUGGGCUUCCUGGAGAGAGUCAAGUUAUCAGUGGUAUGCGUCAGAAUUGUGAUCUAGCUGUGUACAUUGAUGUCCCAAAAGCCCUCUCAGAUGGAAUUAAAUUCUACUGGUCAGAAAACGGAGUGUUAUUAACGGCAGGUGAUGCAGAUGGUCUGUUGGCUCCUCAAUAUUUCUCUCGUGCACAGAGACUGAAACCAUCACCAUGUGAACUUGAACUGCAGUAGUCGAUAGAAAAGAUUUCUUGAAGGCUGAAUCAAGACGGGACAACAAAACCAUAAACUUUCUCAAUAGGUGCCUUUCAGCAGUCAAUGAAGUGGGAAGCCUGUGUAUCUUUAAAGAGUUAAAAAGCAUACUGUACUUAAUGUCAUGGCAACAUGUUCACACCCAGUUACACAAAAGAUAUCAGAAAGGAGGCAGGCGCUGGCUGUGGUUUGGGCAACGGAAACCUGGAUGAUGUUGGACUGAGAUAAGGAAAUUUUCUGUGAUAACGGAAGACACUACUGGUCAGUGUAACUCUUGCUGUGCAGGAAGUGAUAGCCAGUGGUUUCCUUAACUGUCACUUGAAUAAAAUACAGCAACAAAGACUACUUCACUAAGGAAAGUGGUAGGAAUUAUAAAAGCAGUGUUCAUGUCAGUUUUCAUUAUUUAUUUGGAAUUGCUCACAUAUUUUAUUUUGAUUUUAAAAAUGGACAAGGGCUUCUAGAACAAGGAGUUUGCCUGGACUAUGGCGUCGUAUUCAGGUUUACAUUAAAGGGAAUUCUAUCAGUUUUUCCAGAAGUUCUGUAUCUAUGUGAAUUACUCGAUUGUAGAGAAACUUAUCGAGGCAGAAUUGUUCACAGUGGUGGUGACAGGAACCAGACGACUGAAGAGUUUAAUGCUUCUAAAAGCUAUAUCACAGAAAAGUAUUACAUGAAAUAGUUAUGAGUAUGUUGUGUGAUGCCUGAGACAUUGUGUUACGAUUGUUUUGGGAAAAUGGCCUAAAACAUAUUUGGUAAAUCAAUUUGUGGUGGUAUAGAUGGUGGUAUUGAUGUAAAUCAAAAUAUUGUCCAAAAUAAAACCUAUCUUUACAGAUUUACCACCAUUUUACCAUUAUCAGCAUUACAUGUAAACUUGUAGGUUCACUGGUCACUUUGGAUAGUGAAUAAAGUGCCUAUAUUUGCUUUGUUGACAUUUUCGGUAAGUUUAUUGGUAAGUUUCUCUAGAACUGAGCCUUUCUCAUCAAACCACUCUGAAUGACUUUGCAUCUCAACCACUGAAUUAUGCAAAAUGUUAA